AUGUCAGAAAACCAGACCCCAGCCCGCCCUCCGAAAUCCCAACAGAGAGAAGAAGGCCGCGAACGCAAAUUGCUGCACUGGAUCUACAGCCAGCCGAACCUCGACCUCAUCCGCGGCAGCCCCCAGAAAGUUAUCGACCUGAUCGAUGAGUUCUCGGAGACCUACCAUUUCAUGACUGUCGGUCAAGAGAAGGGCCCUAUCGUCACCGAGCUCAUUGACAAGCACAAGCCCAAAAAGAUGAUCGAGCUCGGCUGCUACAUCGGGUACUCGGCCAUUCUGUUCGGCGACGCAGUGCGUCGCAAUGGAGGGACCCGCUACUACAGCCUCGAGCUCAACCCAGAGUUUGCGGCCAUUGCCAAUAUGCUUGUUGAACUUGCGGGGCUGCGUGACUUUGUGCGCGUCCUCGUUGGACGGAGUGAUGUACUCCUAAACCAACUGUUCAAGAGCGGAGAAGUCGAGCACGUCGAGCUGCUGUUCAUCGACCACUAUAAACCGGCGUAUACGCUAGAUCUGAAGCUGUGCGAGCAGCUGGGUAAGAUCGUCCCUGGUGUUUCGAUCAUUGCCGCCGAUAAUGUAAUCCGACCUGGGAACCCGCCGUAUCUCGAGUAUGUCAGGAGCUCGGUGGAGAGGAAGCGCGAGGAGGCGGCGAAAGGACCGUCCAAGGCCUAUACGACGGACGGGUUCGAGGAGAUCACGGUAAGGAGUUUCAUGGGGCUUGACAGCGUGCCGGAGUUUGAAAUCGUCGGGAAUCCGAAUCUGGUGUAUGAGAGCGAGUUGAAGCAGCCUGAGGGGUGUCCGGAUGCAAUUGAAGUGACGCGAUGUGUCGGGAUACAGAAAUAG